GUUGCCCCUUCUUAAUUACCUCGCAUCUGAAUCUUUUCUCAUCCCCUCGACUUCCUCGAAAUAAUGGUUCUCCUCACCACUUCUGACAACGAGCAAUUCAAUGCUGACCGUGAGGUCGUCGAGCGCUCGGUGCUCAUCAAGAACAUGCUUGAGGAUGUUGGCGAGUCUGAUCAAGCCAUUCCGCUACCCAACGUGUCUUCAGCUGUGCUGAAGAAGGUUCUGGAAUACUGCGAACACCACCGUGGCGAGCCUCUGCCCUCCGCAGAUGCCGAGCAGAAUCAGGACGAGACCCGCAAGAGGACGACUGACAUUAGCGAGUGGGACCAGAAGUUCAUCAGCGUUGAUCAGGAAAUGCUGUUCGAGAUUAUCCUCGCAGCGAACUACCUCGAUAUCAAGUCUCUACUUGAUGUCGGAUGCAAGACGGUGGCAAACAUGAUCAAGGGCAAGACUCCUGAGGAGAUCCGCAAGCUCUUCAACAUCGUGAACGACUUUACCCCGGAGGAAGAGGCUCAAAUCAAGAAGGAGAAUGAAUGGGCUGAGGACCGAUGAGCGCUCUGUAAUACCAUUGUAUAUCUUGUCACGUUUGCACUGUCUUUUGCUCUUGUACAACAUAAUUCCAUUCCCCUUGACUCUAACCCACUUUUUCUGCAUGA